CACUCACACUGACAGUCACACCGCUAAUGACGUCUCUUCGCCGGCUCUAAAAAAAAACGGCUAUUACCGGAUGAAGUCAACAGGCAAGAGGCUGACAAGUAAGAUGUUAUGGGAGGUCCAAGUGUGAGCGUCGUGGGCGGGUUUGGCUUGCUUUAGUGUUCCCGUGUGUUGAGUUGAUCUACAGGACUGUAAAAAAAACAAAAAAGGACUAAAGUCCACUCGGACUGAGCAGCUCGAAGAUGAGACCUUUCCUGCUUUUUCUUCGAACCCUACGCUAUUAAGGCUCGUCAUCGUCACUCUUGUGACUUUUCUUUUGUGCAUGUGUAAAGGCUUCCAUCUUCCGCAUCAGCACCACUUUGGUAGACUGACGGACCGAACGCUUGAAUGUGCGCAGAGGCCUUGACAGCCAUUUGAGAGUGCACGAGGCAGAUAAAUGACUCCUGGAGGAAUCCUCGGCAUGCCUCCUACGCGACCUGAUAAAAGCAAAGAUGAGCCUGUAAAGGCAGCUGGCACCUUUUCAUUACUGUGGACAGAAACUACACUAUUGACGAUGAUAGACAUCCAAUCCAUCGCCAGCCGUGGAAGCCAAUGGGUUAAUUAAGCUGAGUUCUGUUCCUAUUUGAACAUAUUGAAUAUUUACACAUGCAGACCUGUGUGCUUCAGGCCUGGCUCGCAAUAUUUUGCAAGAAGCUGCUUAUUGUUGCCGUGACAAAUAACUGACAAUCUUCUCAGAUUUUGUUGUAUGAACCAACGAGCAAGGACAUCAGCAUGAUUUUUUUUCUUUUUGCAUUUUUUGUUUGUUUGUAAUGGUCCACCUUUUUAAAGUGUUGCAUGCAGUGUUGGGAAAGCACAUUUCUUACAUGAACUAGUUCAGAGCUCAUUUCACACAUUUUAAAACAUACUAGUUCAGUUCAUACUUCAUAACUGAACAUUGUGAAUUAAGUUUGUUAUUAUAAAAAUGUCAUUUGUUCACGGUUAUAUUUUUUUCUCCCCGAUGUGGUACUGUGAGCACCGGUAUUUUGCGAUUUCUUUCUUUUGUGAAUGUAUUAUUUCCUGACUUAUUUGAUUUAGUAAAGGAAAAUAGUUAGUAUAAAUUACCUUCAUGUGAAAGAUGGUUGUUUAAAGAAUCUAAAUAUGUACAACAUAAAUUUCUUGAUGAUAAUGGUGAAAAUAAUGUUUAAACUAAAAAAAAUAACAAUGCUUGCGAGUAGAGUUGGCCGUUAUUAUUUGAUAAAAGCAUUUGAAAUAAUAUCGGAAAAUAUCAGCAUCGGUUUUGCACCAAUUUAUAUAUGUUGGCUUAAAGGUUGUAUGUACAAGCCUGCAGCCUUUGUAAAUGGGCUGGUCACAGUUUAGCACAGCAGCUUUGCUUAGAAUGACCUCUAGAUGUCUCUAAACUAGGACGCUUGGGAUUGCUUAGAGGGAACCUCGGACUUGUAGGCUUUAAUAAGUUGUUCUCGUUUACUAAAAUUUGUUGUCAGAAACACAUAAAAUAUUGCCAUUAAUUUAAAUGUAUAUAAUAUUUAGUACAUGUUUUGACCUACGGAGAGCGCCAUGUUUUAUGGACGCUCCGGGUGAUGACGUAGAUUGUCACUGUCACUCGACGAUUACUACCGGGUUACUGCAAUUCCUUUUACGUGGCACAACGUCCAACACAUGCGCUCGUUGGUUAAAAGCGGCAAGUACUUACUAUUUGUGUUUUUUUAUUGCCUCAAAAUACUUUUUGCAUGUGUUUUCCUCUCAUACUUUUAAGCAUAGUGUUUUCUUGUGGUAGCUUUAAAGCAGAUUCUUGAUCUGUUGACCACAUUAGUCAUGUAGCAUAUUUAAACCACCUCUAGUUAAUACUGUAGUAUAUACAUAUAUAGUAUUUUCUUAAGAUAUCUAUAGUAUGUUCUGUCUGUAUACAUCUAAACAAAACAAGCUGAAAGCGCACGGUGGUACUUUGGGCGUCAAAUUCGCCUCUGUCGCUGGUGUAGCGCGUUUUGGCAGAACACUUGUUUUUUUUUUUUCCUACUCUCAUCACAUCCCAUCCCAUCUUUCCUGUUCAUUUUGCUCUUGCUGCUCGUUUUGUGAAAUAUCGACAGUGUUGUCCUGCUCAUUAAUGUUCCUCUCGGGUUCAAAUUGAAAGGGUUGAACAGAUGAAAUGUUUAUGUCGCUAGAGUCAUACUCUUGAAGCCCGGCAGCGUAACCUUGUGACGUCACUGCCCUGCAACGUCAACAACAAUGGUGACCUACUAGUAAACUAAUUCUAAAAAUUGCAUAAAAACGAAAACAGGAAGAGAGGUUUAAAUUCCAAAUUAUUUUAACUCAUAAUAGCGUUUAUCCUUUAAGAACUACAGGUCUUUCUAUCAGUGGAUCCCUUUAAGUGAACAAAGACGUUUGCAUUCAUAGUGAACAAAUAAAAUGAAUGAUAAAUCAUUAAGCACUAUGUGAGCCAUAUGUGAUAUGGCAGUGUCAUUUUGACACUUUUUAGUUGCUAAGCCAGAACAUAAUCCAAAAAACUGAUGUUUGCAAUAUUUAAGUUGAAUAAUAAAUAUAUGGUGCAAUAUUGGCCCAUUCUCCAUAACUUCAGUUGAAUAUCAAGUCAUAAAUAUGAUUUUUUUCCCCCCAACAAGAUUCUUUCUGUUUUUGAUCCAAACAUUGUCUUUCACUUUAAGGUGCAAUAUCAGCUAAUAUUCAGUAUUUGUAAGACCCCCACCCACUCACCCAAAAAAAAUACUUCAUAAGAGUAAGUACCAAGGGUAAGUACCAAGGCUAUUGACAAAGCCUACUACUUUCACUCCAGUGAGUAAAAAGUCCAAAAGUGUGUUUGACGUAGCCCAAUGUCAAUUCUUCAAUAUUAUUAAAAGAUACCUUUACCUUAUCAUUUGCUGAUACUGGUGGAGUUUGGUUGUUUAGAAAAAGUUUUUUUUUAGUUACACAUUGGUAAAAGUGGUUGGUGUCAUUUCAUGCUUAAUGAAAAUGGGAUAAAAGAUUAACAGUUAAAAUGUUUAUGUAUAAUAUUAACUCUUCUAAUAUUGUCAAGUGACUUACAAAGAACUGCAGUAACAGUACUUAGUUCAACAGAGUUCUCUUCUGGUUGAAAGAAAAAAAGUCUUGAGAGACUUAGAUGCUCUGAUAGUGAAGUUAAAUCAGAAGCGAUGGUUUAUUUUUGAAGCAUCUCGAGAAUAUCUCAGUUGUUUUGUUGACCUUAGUUUAAGUUGAAGUCAUCAAAAUAAUGAGUCGGACAUGCUAGCAUUAUCUUCAUUACAAUGCAGUUCAAUGCAUUUAUCAGGGACUGCUCGUACAUCUGCUCAUCACUGUGCUUUUUUCACCCUCCAAGCUGUGUGACUGUGGGUUGCCAAAUAGUGGAAUUUAUUCCCUUAGAAUUAAGGCUCGUUCAUAGCACAUUUUCUCCUUGAAGUAAAGAAUCCUGGCACUCGUGAAUGAAAACUUAACAAACUGCUGUCCAAAAUCUGCACCAGAAUGAAGUCAUUCACAACAACGUUGGCAAAGUCAAAAUAAACCACAAUCAGUACACGUUUCUCAAAAUAAAUAUUACUGUACGCCACCAACUUUUGUUCAUUGAAUUUGUUCAGGUAAAGACUGUUUGCAUGGCAAUUGAAAUGAUAUAUGGCUAUUUGAACAACUCUUGAACAGUAAUUGGGCAGAUUAACUAGCAAUUUAUCAGUUGAUCCAUCAUGAUUUUUUCAUGAUGAUUUUUAAUGGGAUGGAAGAAUCUCUCCAUGUUUUGACUUUCAGUAGCUUAUGUCAUUUUGUGACUUCUUCGAAGAUAAAACUUUGUUGAAAAAGUUCACAUUGCUCUUCUCCAUCUAACAUGAACACAGCACAUCCCAGCAGAGGUUACUGAUUGGCUAAUAUGCAAGAUGUCAAUCUGGUAAAUUGCAACUAACAGAUUGCAUUUACAUUUAUUUGACUGGGGACACUGUUUUUUAAUUGAGUUAUAAGUGUGGGCACUUAAUGAAACACUCAUAUCUCAAGGUAAGUUGAUGUUUUUUCCCCUUCCUUCAUUUAAGUAUCAACAUUCAAAGUUUAUAUAAUUUUACAUGGGCAAAAAAUGUGAUAAUGCUGCUAUUAACUCCUUCACCUCCGUUGACGGGAAUAGACAUCCAAUCAAUUCUAACUGUGUGGGUUCGCUCCCAGUUAAAUGAAUCAGAGAUCUAUUGCUGUCAACAACAGCCAAUGAAUAAAAAGGUAAAAGAAUAAAUCAAGUAAGUCCCAGUUUUCCCCCCUCUUCUUCCAGGUACCUGGCCCGUGUGUGAACAUGUUUGUGUAAUCUUAUUGCAUUCAUGCGGAGAUGAAGGCGGGCCGCUCACCAUUAGUGCGGUUCCUGCUGCUUUUGAGCUUGGGCGUGAGCAUGGCAGCCGCCUACCCAUUCAGACCACCGCCGGACCUUGACGUAACACCGCGCGUCACCAUCUUCAGCAGUAGUGUGCAUAGCCGCAAGCGUUUCGCUUCCCCUCCCGCCGUCAAUUACAGCACUUUGUCUCUGGAGGCCGACGGCCGCCGUCUCUUCAUCGGUGCCCGUGAGGCCGCGUUCUCUUUGGAUGCCUCGGACAUUGAGGCCGUCCCGGCCCUCACCAUUGUGUGGGAGGCUUCCCCCGAGCAAAAGCAGCAAUGUCUUCUCAAGGGAAAAGACAACAAGACCGAGUGUUUCAAUCACAUCCGCUUCCUGCAAAGGUUCAACGCCACGCACCUCUACAUGUGCGGGACUUACGCCUUCAGGCCUUUGUGCGCUUACAUAGACACUGAGAAUUUUUUGAUGUCUCGGCCUGAGGAAGGUCGAGACAAAUGUCCUUAUGGCCCAACGACAGGAUACACCGGCCUCAUCGUUGACCAGGAACUGUUUACGGCUUCCCAGUACGAGUUUCGAAGAUUCCCGGACAUCCGUCGCAACUCUCCGACACUCAAGACAGAGGACGCGCCAACACGGUGGCUCAACGAGGCCAACUUUGUGGGCUCAGCGCUGGUGAGGGAGAGCCGCAGCACACUGGGCGAUGACGACAAGAUCUACUUCUUCUUCAAUGAAGGCGUAGGCCAGCAGCAGAGCGCCGCCUCUGGCGCCCACAGCCGGGUGGCGCGAGUUGCUCGAAUCUGCAAGGGCGACCGAGGAGGCCUCCUGACGCUACAAAAGCGCUGGACAUCAUUCCUCAAGGUGCGGCUGGCGUGCUCCCUGCCUGAGUAUGACUUCUACUUCAAUGAACUGCGCAGCAUCUUCGUCAUGCCAGGAGAUGCGACGCGAGACACACUCUUCUAUGCCAUCUUUGGCCUGGGUUGGAAGAGCGUAAAGGCGUCUGCGUUGUGUCGCUUCUCGUUGUCUGACAUCCAAGACGCCUUUGGAGGACCUUACAUGGAGACGCAAGACUCUGGCUCUAACUGGAAAGAGUACACUGGAAAAAUUCCUGAGCCAAGACCUGGAACGUGCAUGACAGAUGCCACGAGAGCGCGGGGCAUCAACGUGUCCACCUCACUGCCCGACGAUGUGCUCAACUUUGUCCGAAGGCACCCGCUAAUGUCCCGGCAGGUCCAGGCUUUGGACCGUCACCCUCUGUUGUUCAGAAGGACCACAGAUUACACGCACAUGGCUGUGAUAGCUGUCCUAGGCUUGGAUGGACUACAAUAUCAUGUGUUAUACAUGGGAACAGAUGAAGGCUGGCUGCACAAGGCGGUCCUCGUGGAGACUCAGCUGCACAUCAUUGAGGAGUUGCAGCUAUUUGAAGAAGCGCAGCCUGUGGACAACGUGCUCAUUUCUGUCCAACAGAUGAGCGUGUACGUGGGGUCUCCUUCGGGCGUGCUGCAGCUGCCGCUGUCCGACUGCGGCAGGUACGCGUCCUGCUACGACUGCAUCUUGGCUAGGGACCCGCACUGCGCUUGGAGCAGAGAAGGCUGCGUGGAUGUCACGCACUACACGGACAAAACAUCAUUAAUCCAGGACAUCCAACAAGGCAACAGAGGAUGUGACAACACGCAAGACGUGGUGCCCACGCGCAGUCGAUCCGUUCGAGUAGGCGACGAUAUCCUGCUGCAGUGCGAGCUUAGCUCCAACCUGGCAGUGCCUGCAUGGACGCUGGAUGACCGGGAGCUGCACGGUUACGGGCUGAGCUCUGGUUUCAGGACAGGCACCGACGGGCUGCUGGUGAUCAGGGCACGUCUGGACCAGAGCGGGCGUUACACCUGCUACGCAGUGGAGAACCAGAUUUGGGUUGGCGUGGUCGCGUACAAUGUCACCGUGGCCCCUGAGCCGCCCCCGCCGCCCACUGAAGAACCUCACCACCGCUAUGCUGCCGCGGUGCCACCCGCUCCCUCUGAGGAGGCCCCGGCCCUUGCCCCUCAGAGGCCCCGACCGCAGCUUCUCUCCACCAAAAACAUGGAGGCCCUGUAUCUAUCCCUCAUUACAAUUUUGGGAAGCCUCUGCGUGGUUCUCAGUGUGGUUCUGUUCUAUCUUGGCUUUUGCUUGCGAGUGGGAAACCAAGGAAAGUACUCGCUACGCAAUGCGGCCGCCACCUACCCACCCGAGAAGCAAAAUCACCGAAAAAAGCAACGACAUUCCGCACACUUGGAGCUGAAGACUAUUUCCGGUAACGGACACAGCAUCUGCAACGGCGUCCACUCUGCAGGGUUCCUCCAGAUCGUGCCAGGCGAGGCUCGCACUUCGCCUAACGCGGAGUCCGCCGCCCCUCCGCCGGCACCACCGCUGCCCGCCGCGCCGGACUGCAAUUUCCCCAGCGGGCUUUCGGCCACAUUACCCAGCGUCCUGCGGCGCAUGAAUGGCAACAGUUACGUGUUACUCGCUCAGAGCGACGGUGACAGCGUGGCGCCGUCGUUCUCCGAUGAGCUCAACAGGAUGUUGGAGAAGCGCAAACGCACUCAGUUGAUGCCCAGGCCAGACGAAAGCUCCGUGUAGCCCGAGGACAGGGCGACAAAGAUGUGAAAUGGUGGGGGAAAACAAUCUUUCUACCUCACUUCGUUUGUGCCAGUGGAUCACUUUAAGGCUUGAGGAGUUUCCGUGGGAGUUGAUGGAGAAAAGCUGGGAUUUACAGAUCCGCUCAAAUGUGAUCGUACAUCUCUGUUCAUGAAAGACAAACUCAGUUAUCACGAGAGCUCCCAGUUAUUUUGAUAGUUGACUAAUCGGCAAUAUAAAUCAGGUAUUUUAUUGGUAAAUUACUCUCUAUGUUUUGCAGCGCAAAAAUUAGAUCUUUUUUUUUUCUGAAUAAGGAUAAUAAUAAUAUGGUUUGGCGAGUAUAGAAAUCACAGAAUAGUCGUACUAUUUUUUUUUUUAACCCUUACAGGGCCAGUGGUCACUACAGUGGGCAUCUAUUCAAAAGUUAUCAUUACCUUAACUCAUUCACUGCCAGCCCAGGUCACAGAGUAUAUGAUGUGUUUUGUGGUAGUUCGUAAAAGAGGGGAACUGAUAUUGAAAUGACCUACUGACGUCCAUAGAGUUAGAGAUAUGUAAGGCUGCAAGAGAUUUAUAAAAUAAAACAAAAAUUCCCAGAGCACAGUACACAUAGGCCGCACUUAUGUGAAUCGAUGUCUUUAUUCUUCACAAAAUGCAUGCGGGCAACACUAAAGGCUGAUAAAUGGUUCUGCGUUGCGGUGACGGUGUAGCGACGGCGUAGACCCUAUGUCGUCAAUGAGCAUUCGAAGCUCUGCAUCAAGAGAACGCGUUGCUCUGUAAUACACCGCCAAGCCACGAGAGCGGUGUGGUGUUGUGUUUGUACAGUUUUAGAGGACUCCUGUCGAAUUCCUUAGUUUUCCUCCAGUCAUUGGCAGCAAUGGCAACGGAAAUGGAACGUGUGUAUUUGCGGCUGCAGCUAAUCAAUAUUGAACAACAAAUGUUGUUAAUACAAAUGUUGACGCAUAGGCAACACAGAAGACAUUUGCGAAUGUUUAAAAAUGGCGGUGUUGUUGUGCUGAACCGGAAGCAACUCAAACCAAUCACAGUAGGUUCGUAAAUCGGGUUCGCGUUAACGGCGUAGGUUCGCUGUCACCGCUAAGCAGAAGCAUACAUCAACCUUAAUGCUACAAUUGGAUGUGAAAUGGCGGCCACAAAAUAUUGUCCAGUGUGCUGCAAUUGGCCCCUGGGCCACAAUUUUGAGAACGCUGUCUAAUAUAAACUUGUACGACAAAAAUCAUAAUUCAUGCAUUAUAGGGUUAAAAACUUAAAAAAAAAAAAAAAAAAAAAGACCAAAAAAAGUAUGUUUAGUUCUUCUUUUGAUCUUCAUUUAACAUUAUUUUAAAAAUAGAAUGGAAAUAUAUAACGUAUUGGCCCGAAUAUAAGACGGUGUUUUUUGCAUUGAAAUAAGACUGAAAAAGAGGAGGUCGUCUUAUAUUCGCGGUCUAGACAUUAUACCCAUUCACAACGCUAGAUGGCGCCAGAUAUCAUUGAAGUGAUGUUCUGUCAUGACAGAUCUCAGCUACUCUACCCAUUCACGACGCUAGAUGGCACCAGAUAUCAUUGAAGCGAUGUUCUGUCAUGACAGAUCUCAGCUACUCCCAAGUUUAACCAGUUUGCAAUGUUUUUCCUUAUUCAGAUUUGUUUCAAGACUACAGUUACAGUUAGACUUCACUUUGAUGGUUAAUGCAGUUAAUGCAAUUUUGUUGUUUUAUCACAAUAGAUUGGUUUAUUUACAUUUCAAAAACCAGAAGCCAUUCAUUUACGAAUGUGAUUGCACUUUAGUUUACAUAUUUUAAUGUUCAGAUAUUAAGAUUUGAAUGAGACAAAAUAACAUGCUUUUUCUCUCAAAUAUAUUGUUAUAAUCAUUUGUUUUGGAUGUACUGUAAUUAUUUUCUGUAUAAAAAUUAAUUUGGUGUUCAAAAAGUCUUUUUUUCAAACUAGAGUCUUGAAAAAGAGGGGGUCAUCUUAUAAUUAGGGCCGUCUUAUAUUCGGGCCAAUACGGUAAUAUUCUGUUUCCUUUUGUUUUUUUAAACUGAACAUUUUGUAUAUUUAGUUUUUUAGUUUGUAAUUUUUUUCCCCUUUCUGUAUGUUUCAUUUAUUUAAAAAAAAACAACAAAACUUUUCACUUGUUUUUAAUAAAAAAUAAAAAGAUUUACUAUUACCUCAUUGGCUGCCAUUAACAACGAUUGAUGUCAUAUAAACGUUACGUAACAAAAGAUAACCCAAGCAAACAUAAAAAUGCAGUUUUUAACCCAGUAGCUGCCAUUGCCCAAUUCAAAUGGAUCAGACGUCUAGCACAGCCGAUUAAUUGACAGUCUCAGUAAAUGAGCAUUAGGACAGUUUUUUGGUCAACAUUAUCUUGAAAUGAUUAAUCAUCUAUCAAAAUAUUCGUUGAUUAGUCGUCAAUCAGUCGAUUAAUCAUGGCAGCCUUAGUGGUCGUGGAAAUAACUUUUGGAUUAAUACGAUCAAACUUUAGUCAAGUUAUUUCUGUGAUGGGUUUUUCAUGAAAAGAGUACGAGAGCAUUUAAGAGCGUGUCCUUAUUUCUUCCGGUAGGGUUAAUGCAUGUAAGUUGGUGUCAUGGAAGGCUCGAAAUGGUCCAUAUUUGUGAACAUUUUGUUCUGUCUGUAUGUGCCUUGUGAUUGACUGCUGAGUUUUGGAAGGGUUUUCGGGAAAAGAUGCUUCAGAAACAACAAACCUUUUUUUUUUUUUUUUUUCCGAACAAAAGGAGGGGGGAAAAAACUCAGUCACCUAAAGGUGCCCCAAAAAUCCUCAUCAUUGCAUCCCGUGGAUUCUUACCAGCAGCUUUUGGCAACCUUAUGUCGAAUAUAAACAAGCAUGCGUGGAGAUUUUUAUUGUUGUUUGGCUGGACUCAAAUGUUGAGGGCAGCUAGCCAAAGUUUCUUUGCACUAAACUGCUACAAAGAUGGGCCAAUAUGAUAUGACUUUUUUUAUUUAGCAUUUUGUUGUGGCUGCUGUGUGUUGAGUCACUGCGACGACCCUUGAGGGACAAACAAAGUAACGCUCCUAGGGAUGUCCCGAUCUGAUCAUGUGAUCAGAAAUCGGGCCGAUCGCGCCAUUUUUCAGAAGAUCGGAAAUAGAUGAAAAGGACCGGGAUUUUACUUUGAAAAUUAUUAUGUUUUAUGCCUCUCACGCUCCCUCCUGCUGCUUUUUCUUGGUCAGCAGUGCUCUGGAGUUAGCUAUUAAAGUCAAUGAUGAUUGACAGGGAUUGUAGCUUUGAUCAUGCAAGAGAAGCUUGGUAGAUUUACUUUACUUUUACUUUAUCAAAGGGCCGAAUGUGUCAAUCAUUGUUCACCUUGUUAAACACUAACAGUAGUGUGCUGUGGCAACUCAUUAUUUGAGUGAGAGGCUGUUCUCAGCAGCAUGAGCGUCAAAGCGUGAGUGGAUGCAUUUUUCUACGUUAUUAUUGUUUAGAAAUAAUUCACAUUAUGAAGGCGGCACGUGGGUCAGUAACUUUGUUUUGGUUUUUUUUAACAAUUUUUUACGGUAUCAGAUCGUGACUCAGUAUUGACAGAUUCUCAAAAUCAGGUGAUAUGCAAUUGGGACAUACAUAAAUGCUCCCAAAAGAGAUGUUCUCAAUCUAGGAUCUUGGAACCACAAAAUAAUUUGCUAUACAUUAUUGGAUCAUUCUUCAAGAACAAAAUCUUGAUGCCUUUUGAAAAUAUAGUCCAAUUUUUGGGUGAAUUAACAAGUUCUUUUCCGGAAUAAAAGCUGUAAUAUUAUGAGAAUAACAUUGUAUUACUGACAUUCACUAAUCAUAAAACUUGAUUCAGUUUACUAUUUACAAAUAGAUCUAAACAAAUAAAUAAAAAUCCAAGUUAUGUUUAUGUAAAACGUAAAAUGUAUUUUUGUGUUUUGAUUUUUACCAUACAUCAAAUAAUUUGAUACAAUAGAUACACAACUUUAAAAUUACUCAUUUUUAUCUCAUUAAUUGGUUUUUAAUGUACUGUAAAUACAAAUAGUAAUAUCUGUGAUUUUACAUACAUUAAAGUUUUUUCACAUUACUUUUAAUUAACGUGAAGAAUUGUGUGCCUUAUUUUUUUGUCUUACUGCAUCAUUAUUUAUUUAUUCUAGUAUCUUUAAAAUAGAGUAUUUGGUUGAUUGAUUGUAAAUAAUGAAUUAAACUGUUAGUAAAAUUAAGCAAGCAUGUUUUUAAUUGGUGAAUGAUUUAGAACAAAAGGCAUAUAUCGUUAUCCUCGUAAAAUCUUUGCCCGUCAUUUUUUACAAAAAUUAUUAGAAUUUUUCGUACAUGUAAAGAAAAUCAUAAAAUGGUUAAUUUUUUGUUUUUCCUGAAAAAGCUGUUUAAAAAAAAUCGGUAAUUAUUUUAAGAAGUCUUCUAUGAAGACUAUUUAAAAUAAUAAUUUUAAAAAUCCCACUUAUAUAUAUAGUAUAUAAUUUUAAAUGUAUCUUUGUUUUUGUAAUGAUUAUGACUUUUAAAAAUGCAACUUUAUUCACAUACAGUAUGUUAAAUU